UAAGCAAAACAAACCCAAGAAUGUGCCCAGCCAUACACAAAUCCCCCCCUGCUCCCAAUGUUUUAUAGGCGCCGUAGAGGGAGUCCAGUCCAAGGCCGCCAUUAUUUCCGGGAUCCUCCCCUGAAUCCCAGGUCGGUCUCGCUCCUCCUCUCCCUCCCUCCACAGUGAUCAUCUGCGGCGCCAACCGGACAAGAAUACGAAUACCAUGAGAGGUUGAGAGGGAGCCAGUAUAUAUUCAGACCGUCGUAAACCGGCCGGAGAGGGAGAGGGAGCGGCGGUAGGAUAUAUAUAUAUACUCGGCCGGAGAGAUGGCUGCCGGGACGCUGCAGAUCAGGCCACGGGCCAAGGGCUUGUGGCUGCUGGUGCGCCGGCUGCUCUGCCGCGGCAACAAGCUGCACAGACCGACCGCGGGCGCCGGGGACCAGCAGGGAGACGGAUGCGGGGAGAAGAGGAGCCUCCUCGGCCGGAGCGGCUCCCUGGAGGAGCUCCUGGGGCCGGACGUCGCCGGCGCCGUCCGCCGCAGCAGCGCCAGGAAAGACGUCCAGGUCCAGCGCGUGCUGCUGCCUGAGCGGCAACGGCAGCAUCACGAGGAUGUGGCGGAGGGUCGCCCGGCGGAGGCCACGCCGGACGCGCCGCAGGCAGCUAGCGCCGCGGCCGUGCAGCAGUACCGGAGGUUCAUGUUCGGCGGGUUCCGGCGGCGGCUGAUGAUGCGGAGACAGUGGCGGCCGAUGCUCGUCGCCAUCCCGGAGUGAUAUCGAUCCAUCGUCCGUCGACCGACGGAGAAUCGUCCAUCGGUCGCGUCGACGUCCCGUCCCGUGGAAUCCGGCUGCCAUGUUGGUGCAGAUAUAUAUGUGGGUGUAGCUUUUCGUGCUGUCGAGUUGUUCGUUUCUUGCUGCGAUCGCUUAGCCAGAGGUUGAUGCGUGCGUAUGUUGCGGCGGUCCUGCAAUGUUGGCACAUAAUUUUCGACAUUGUUAUCUCGGAAGCAUCUUGAGCAAAUCUUUGCUCGGCAGACCAUGGAAUAAGUUUGGGAGCGACUUUAUGA